UAUUUUUCCAUGUUCUUUCUUGCUGUGGAUUAAGCGUCUGAUUAUUUGACUAUUCACUUUAAAUCCAGGGUGAAUUACUAAAACAACAAAGCAGCUACAAUGAGUGUGGAACUAAACAUACUGCUUAUCCUGUCAUGCUCUCAUGACAAAAAAACAUUACAUGAAUCAUGAUAUAAUGAGACAAAAGAAAAUUAAACAGCUGACGUGAAUGUAGAAGCCUAUUGUCAUUUAUUUUCUAUCAUGGAUUUGACAGCACUGAUCUAUCUUGCACAAGGUAUGGGGGCGAAGUAUGGCUAGAUUCAUUUUCAGUGUUUUUUUAUAUUUCAUUUAUUUAUAUAUUUAUUCAUUUUUCAGGAAUGACAACGUUUUUGGACUUAACAGUCCCAGCAAUCUGGUCCUUACUCUUACAAAGUUUUAUUUUGCUUCCCUUGUCUUUAAAAAAAAAAAAAAAAAUGUUAGAUCAGGAUUAUUAAACCUGUCUUCACCUGUAGCUGAUCUUAGAUCAGGAUUAUUAAACCUGUCUUCACCUGUAGCUGAUCUCAGAUCAAAAUUAUUUAUUAUUUGGGCCCGAGCACUGAGUGGUGCGAGGACCUAAUUGUUUUUGCUCAAGUUGUGUUAUUUUCCAUCAUCGCAUGGACUUUAGAGGCCAUUAGCAUAUUCAAAAACACAAGAAACUUGGCAGGCGCAUCCUGUCUUCUAAAGAUUUUUAUAUUUUUUGGGUUUCAAACUUGAAAAUUCAAAACUGUGUCAAUAGUGCCCCCUAACAGUUUUCAAAGUCAAAGCCUCUUCCUUUUACUUUGUUGUAGAUUCAUGAAAUUUUGUGUGCAGGUACUGCUUGGAGAGAUCUACAAAAAAUCCUCUUGGGCCUACACUCCAUCUCCAACAGGAAAUCCGCCUUUUGAAAAAAUUAGUGACAAUUGGGCUAUUUUUGCCCUGUUCCAGGGGUCAUAUCUGGAUGAACUCCUCUGAGGGAUUUGAUCCGAUCAGCUUGUACUUUGGCACAGAGGUAGAUGAGACAUGGAUGAUGAAAAUUCUUUCAGGGCUUUCUCAUUAGUUAAAAGGUGUGGCCGUGGCGAGCCCUCAAAUUUGCAUAUUUUUUUGAAAAACAGGAAGUUGAGUAUAACUCGGCUAUGCAUUGUCCAAUCUGACUCAAACUUCCUGGAUUUAUGGACAGUCCAUGUCUGCACACAUUCAUAUGGUUAUAUUUUCUUUCGGUCAUAGCACCACCCAGUAGUGACAUGGAGUGUCAAGGCUGAUAUCACAAACCGCUGUUGAAAGUCCUUUGGAGAUAUUUACUUCAAAUUUGUGUCAGGGCAGCCUAAAGAAGGGGAUUUAUGUCUAAAAAAAUCUGUGACUUUUUGUCAGAGGGCAGGGCCUCUGCGGGGCAAUACACAAAAAAGUUGCCUUUUUGUCUUGUCAUCAAUUUUUGAAUAGUUAUUACUCUGGCAUACAUCAUUGUAUCUGAGACAAAUUUCAAGUGCUUGAUAACAGUCCCAAAUUUAAAAAAAAUUGCACAGCACCACAACAGAAAAUCACUGUGCCUCAAUUUUUCAUUACGUUACCAACAUGGUUGAUCAAGUCAUGCUGAAAUUUGCCCAGGCAGUUCCCAGGGAGCUGGCCUUACUUGAUGGUCAAAGAUCUAUGUCAAAAGACGUGGCCAUGGUGAUUUUUUGUUCGCCAUGCAACAGCAAGUAGAAUUCUCAAAUUCUUAAAACACUUGUAAAGCACUGAAACCUGGAAGAAAAAUUCCCAGUGCCAUACUGAGAUGAUUGAUAUUACUUUUGUGGGUGGGCAUGGCCUAUUGGCUCAGUGGCGCCCCCUAUAACUUUUUUAAAAAUUCAGCCUCUGCAACAGGUUUAACCUAGGAUAUUGAAAAUUCUUGAGCUUAUAUAUAAUUUAAAGAUCUACAAAAAAGCCUCUUGGACCUAGGCUGUACAACAAACAAGAAGUCCGCCAUUUUUAUUUUUGUGGUAAAAAAUAAGCUGCACAUUGCAGACAUCACUAUUUUUAUAAUUCUUCUUGGACAAUUCAUCCAAACAUCUCCAUGUUAAGGAUAUUGUAAGAAGACAUGUAGAAGUUGAAAAUUUCAUCGGAACGUUUUCAUUACUCAAAGGGGGCGUGGCCAUGGUGAAUUUUUCCUCGCCAUGAACAGGAAGUAGAAUUAUUCUGGGCUUAGAAAACUUGUAGAAUCUUGAAACCUGGCACAGAAUUUGCAGUGAGAAUCUGAGAUGACUGUCCUUUGUGUUUUGGGUGGGCUUUGCUUAUUGGUUCAGUGACGCCCCCUACAAUAUUGCAAAAACAUCAGCUCCUGGAGUACAUAUUACCUAAGCCUUUGAAAAUGCUUAAGCCUGUAUGUAAUCUCCUACAAUUAAGCCUCUUGGACCCAUAUUGUAAAACAGCAGCAAGUCUAUUUUUUCUUUCAUUUUGCGUGUUGAAAGUUUCUAAAAGUCCCUCUUCUCUUAAUGGAACCAAAAUAAAGGCUAUGCUGCCAUCUUGUAAUAAUAUAAAAUACUGCAAUACUAUUUUGGACAGUGUCCAAACAGCAAGCAACACAUUACAAAAUUUGUAUCUAUUUAUCCAUGAAAAUAAGAGAAAAUUACAAACUGAGGGGAGAAAGCAAAGCAUAGAAGAAAAUAAUGAAACAAACUUGUACACAUCUGUAUCUCUGUAUUUGCUCCUCUGAUCUAACUUCAUCACCAAUGACUUGAACAUUCAGAAGGCAAUCAGUUAAUGCUUUUUGCCACUCUGUCAUUUUUCUCCUGUGGAGUGAGCAUGAACACAAGGGAGAGGGAGUGAGGCUGCAAGCAUGCAAGAGAGAGAGAAAGAGUGGCUGAGCCAAGCAGAGCAGAAGGGGGACCUGUGAAGUUGACAACACAAUAGUUUGUUCAUAAUUUGGAGCUGAAUUCAAAAUUUUCAGGGCUCAUUUGGUUUUACUGCCAAAGUAAUAGCAAGCUCUGGAAAUUAAUGAGGGUGAUCCCCCUCUGUUUCUGUGAAAGUGUGAGUGUUACAAAACCCACAUACCCCAUGGGUGCAUGGGUGCGUCUUGUUGCUGGCACCCACAGUUGCUACAUAUCUGCGGUUGUGACAAAUCCCAACGUGCAAUGGGGUGCAAGGGCCUGUUAUCACAGCUUGCAGCUUUAAUUUUUAUUUAUUUCUGCACCACUUUACUUUUAUAAUUUACUGUGUCCUCCUUUGUGUUGUAAAUUCUAUUGUAGUGUUCAUCAGACAUUUGCACACUGUGGUACUUAUUUAAAACAUGUACUAUGAUGAAGUGUAUUCAUAUGUGGAUAUCCAUUAACUGAAAUAAUCACAUAGAUGGUCUCCGCAUCCUUCCUAUUCUUAUGGUAUUGCUCAUUAUUCAGUUCACCAUACUCAGCCAGUCUUUUAUGAGCAGCUCCAACCUAAGCUGUUAAAGCUUUUGCAACCAAUAAAAGUAACAGUAUGAUUAGACCUGUAACUUUUAUACCUUAUCUGUAUGGAGCAACAAGAUGACAGCCCUGGCUGAAACCAGGGAAUAUACCCUACCUUAAAUGAGUAAUUCAAGUUUCUGCCCUGUGGUGAAAAGCUAUGUUUCAUGCAAUUAAGUAAAAGCAUGAAACCCACCAGAGUACAUGUGAGGUUCUUUUUGUAGAAUACUUUUAAAAAGUCAUCAAGUUGAAGAGGGAGGCAGCAAAUAAGGACGUUGUAAUGUUGGGGGAGAUUAAAGGAACAGCAGUGCAUAAUAGAGGUAGAGCUGGCAUACACCGUGCAAUUUCAAGCCGAGUCUAUGACAGUCGUGGCAGAAUGUCAGCUCUUACUGUGCAACUGAAUCGAUUACAAUGACAACCAUCAUACAUUAAUUAUGUGCUAUCAAUGUACAGGUGCAGGUUUUCGCUCUAUCCAUGUUGCCUGUCUGUCUUCAGCUGUUCUAUCAGCUAAGCCUUGAUUUUAAAAAGUUAAGGUAAACUUUUACAGAAUUUGACAUAAAUGUAAGGACAUUUUCUUGAUCAGGUAAGUGAUGUUCUGUCAGACAGACUGUGGUCUGUUCUGGAUGUAGGAUAAACCACAUUCACAUUUGUAAUAUGUCGUAUCACAAAAUAACAGUGAACAAAUCAGUCAUUAAUAUAACUUCCUGGUGAUUAAUCAGUUCCUGGUCAACUUUUGGCUUUAUGAUGGAUAUUUUUGGUCCAGUAAUACCUGUAUGACUAUUUUUCAGCUUCAGGUAUUUAAACCGACAAUUGAAGGUUUGUGUCAGUCAUUAACAAUAUAUCUCCUUUCAGGUGUUUUCUCUCUUGAAUGAUUGCUAUAAAAUGAAAACACACUUUUUCCCAUUUGAACUUCAACUUCAGAUGUUUAUAUGAAUAAAAUACUUACUACUUAACUUUUAUAUUCAUCUAUGUAAUGGCUUAAGUGAUCUAGUUUAGCUUUCUAGAUAACGCAAUUUAUUAAAGGUAGAAAAUGAACCAAACAACCAUAUGAGCUGCUGUUCCUUUUUGUCCUCUUCAGACAGAUCAAUGGACUCUGAUGCCAAUUGUACAAUGAAGGUGGCGGCUCUCGGUCGGCCUUUCAGCCUCGGGAUGUUGUACGACUGCCGCAACGACUCACUUGUCCCUGGACUGACAUUGUGGGACCAUGAUGACCUAAACAAAAAUAUCAGAGAACAACCUCAGAAAUACAGUGAUUUUAAGAUAGUUGCCUCAGAAUCAAUUGAAGAUAAAUCUUCAGCGCUCAGUGUUAAUGCAUCACUGAAGGCAAGUUUCUUGGGUGGACUUGUAGAGGUAGAAGGAUCAGCCAAAUACCUGAACAACAGUAAGACUUCCAAAAACCAAGCCAGAGUAACACUGAAGUACAAAGCAACUACAAAGGUCAAGGAACUGUCCAUGAAUCAUCUUGGAAGAGGAAAUGUGAAGCACCCAUAUGUCUUUGACAAAGGAUUAGCAACACAUGUAGUCACAGGUAUCCUUUAUGGGGCCCAAGCCUUCUUUGUCUUUGACCGUGAGGUUUCUCAAAAUGAAAAUCAACAAGACAUUGAGGGAAGCUUGAAGUUGGCCAUAAAGAAAAUUCCUCUUCUUGCUAUUGAGGGUGAAGCUUCACUGAAAAUGGAGGAAAAAGAAAGGGCAAAUGUUAAGAAAUUCUCCUGUAGUUUUAUUGGAGACUUUUCCCUUCAGAAAAUGCCCACAUCCUUUGAGGAUGCCAUACAGGUCUACCAAAGUCUGCCUUCUCUGCUGGGAGCCAAUGGAGAGAACGCAAAACCAAUGAAGGUGUGGCUGCUGCCACUGACAACUUUAGAUUCUUCUGCUGCUAAACUGGUUCGUCAGAUUAGUGUUAGUUUGGUGCAAGAAUCACAGAGAGUCCUGGAGGACUUCAUUGAGCUGGAAAUGAGGUGUAAUGAUGCUCUGAGAGCCACCACGGCAAAGCAAUUCCCAGAGAUGGAAAAAAAGAUUAAAACAUUUAAAGAGAUGUGCUCUGAGUUCAAACUGGAGUUCCAACGAGCACUGGCAAAGAAACUUCCAUCAAUCCGAGGAGGAGGAGAAGAGGAGGCUGGGCUCGCAGAGAUCCUGAAGAAGAUACAUUCUUCUCCAUUCAGCAACAAAAACCUGAAUGAGUGGAUGAACUGUAAAAACAGAGAAAUCUUGAUUUUAAAACGUUUUACAAACAUGAUGAAGAACACAACGGUAGUUUCGGCCCAACAUGCUGAUGAGCACAUUUUUAGCUCAGACCACUGUGUCUGUUUUGUUUUCACCUCUUUGGGAGUGGAUGAACCGUUCCUCUCAAUUUUAUCAAACUACUUAAGCCAAAAACCGGAAUCAGAAAACCCUGGAGAUCCUCGUACUCAUGAUGUAGAGAGGGAACAGUGGUACUCUUCAAAAGAAGUGUUAGAUUCACUGAGGACAAAGGCAAAGCUCUUCAGUGACUUUGCAGAGGCCAACCAGGAGAACGUGAACAUGAAGUUCCUGACAGUCGGAAUGACAAAUCAGACACAGAAAGGUUCAAGCGUCUACCUUUAUAAAGACGGCUUUCCUGUCACUGAGGACUUUGAGCCGCCGUCAAAGCCUGAAACAUUCACAGAUAGUGAUGUGAACCACAACAGUGUGACACUGAAGUUUGAUCCACCAGAGUUUGGAUCAGAGAACAUCACCUCCUACUCUGUUGAGUACUGUGUCAGUGGAGAGGAAGGAUGGAAACAACAGACAGCAGAGAAAUCUGGAGAAAUCACAGUGGCUGAUCUGAGUCCAAACACAGAGUACAUGUUCAGGUGCAGAGCAGUGACCGAUGUGGGUGUUGGACCAGCAAAUCAAAUCAGCAGUCCCAUUAAAACCUUACCAUGGAGCACUCCAGGAAAACCACAAGUUCAGUCGGGCUCAACUGAGAUAUCAGUAAGGUGGGACAAACCUGCUGAGAUUGGAGAAGAUGUCCACAAUUUGAGCUACAUCGUGGAGUACGCCAAAACAGGCACAGAGGAGGAUCUCCAGUGGAAUCAAAAGAAAACAGGAGCUGAGGAGAUGAUCAUCUCAGGGCUUCAGCCAGAGACAGAAUAUGCUGUCAGGGUCAGAAGUUAUUGUGGUGCAGCUGGAAGAAGCAAGGAGAGUGUCACUGUGAAAGUCUCCACUACCAAAUACAAUCCUCACCAGAUCUGUACCAUGCGACAUAUGUGUCACAAAUGCUACAAGAAAAUUGGUCUGUGCAAAGAGGUUGUCACUCCUUAUCGCACAGGUGCUGUGACAAAGUAAGAGAGGUGUGUGCAUGCCAGGCACGCAGAUAGACUUUAGGUUAUACUUGUCGCCACAAAAACUUAUGGACCAAAUAUGGACCAAACUGUUAACAGUGUUUAAUGAAUUUCUAAUAAUGUUAGACAUGUUGGUCCUUUUGAAUUGGCCUGCAAGAAAUCCAUCAAAAAGGCCCAAAUAAGAACAUAAACCUUUAUUCUAGUUCUUAUCUUUACUAGGAAUGCACAGAAUUGGGGUUUAUACAAUAUGGGGGUGUUACAAAUUAAAUUCAGCAGAUCAAUACCAAUAUAUAAAUUCAUAGACCUAACACUGCAGUCCCUGAAACACAGUUUAAUGAUGGCGAAAGAAACAUAUUUCAGUCUAGAACAAAUUAAACACAUUAAAGUUUAAAUAGUAAGGAUGAACACAAAAGAAGACUUCAGCUGUCAGUUGGUCCUGCCUAAAGUUAAAAAAUGAAUGAACACAAACAAAAGGAUUACCACUGCAAAAAGCUGCAUGAAUGGAGCUCAUUUUCUUUUGUUUUUUAAACUUACAGUUCAGCUAGUGUUCAUUGUGCAGUGUCUUUAAACAUAACUUUAAAAUCUCAGCUUUUCUUUAAUUUUUUCGGGGGUGGGGGUGGGGUGUUUCUUCUCUUUACUUCUAUUACAUUUACACUGAGUUAUCUGCUGUUAGAUUUAAUUUUUUUUUAAUUUAACAUGAAGUUUUCGUUGUUUGUUUUGGAGAUUUAUUAACAUGAAACCAAUCAAUAUGAUGGAUAUACUCCUCAUUUUUAUGUGAAUGAUCUUUUAUCUUACUCUCAUGUUAUCAUGUAAAACCUCUCUCUUAUAAACAGGGAAAUCAUUGAAUGAUCAAUAAAUCAAUGUUACUAAAUUCAAA